UUUUAUUCUGGUCCCACGGUGUUUUCCAUAAUAUACUAUGCAGAGUAGUGUGCACGAAGGAUGCUUUGAUUUAAAAUCCUAACAGCUCCAUUUAUGUCCAUGUUCAAUUUGCUGUCCAUUUUGCUAACUCAAAUAUAGUUUUAUUCUGUAGAAUGGCGUCGAUUCCCGAUGCUUCGUGGCAACCACCGUUUGCAGUACUUCAAACUACCAUGGGAGAACUUGUCGUAGAGUUGUAUUGGAACCAUGCCCCUAAUACCUGCAGAAACUUUGCAGAGCUCUGCCGUAGGAAUUAUUAUGCUGGCACAAAAUUUCAUCGCAUCAUCAGAGAGUUUAUGAUUCAAGGUGGUGAUCCCACUGGUACUGGAAAAGGAGGAGCAUCUAUAUAUGGGCGCAACUUUUCCGAUGAACUACAUGAUGAAUUAAAACAUUCAGGUGCUGGCAUACUAUCCAUGGCAAACUCGGGGCCAAACACUAAUGGAUCUCAGUUCUUCAUAACACUAGCCCCAACACAAUGGCUUGAUGGCAAGCACUCCAUAUUUGGAAGGAUCUACUCUGGCAUGUCUGUUGUGAAACGGAUUGGGUUUGUUGAAACCGAUAAAGAUGACAGGCCAACUGAUGAAGUGAAAAUUGUGAAAUGUACAAUCAAAUAUGAAUGAAGAAUAAAGUUGAUUCCACUAUUUAA